AUGACAGAAUUCCACUGACGAAGCCAGACUUCCUCGGUGAGAGCAAUCUUCAGAAGGCUGUCCUUAGGGCAGAAUUAAACCAGUGAGAGCCCCUGGGUGUUCCACUUCUUUCUGGUGGCCCUCUCUUUCCACGUCGCAGAGCACUGAAGAAAUAUGGAAGGGGCCAACCUGAGCCGAGGGACUGAGUUUGAGCUUUUGGGGCUCACCAGGGACCCCUGGCUCCAGAAGCUGCUCUUCGUGGUGUUCCUGGGCAUGUACACUAUCACACUGCUGGGAAAUCUAAUCAUGUUUCUUCUGAUCCAUGUAAGUGCCACGCUGCACACACCCAUGUACUCCCUCCUGAAGAGCCUCUCCUUCUUGGAUUUCUGCUACUCCUCCACAGUUGUCCCCCAGACUCUGGUGAACUUCUUGGCCAAGAGGAAGGUGAUCACCUAUCUAGGCUGCGUGGUUCAGAUGUUUUUCUAUGCGGGUUUUGCCACCAGUGAAUGUUACCUCAUUGCUGCCAUGGCCUAUGACCGCUAUGCGGCUGUCUGUAACCCCCUGCUCUACCCAAUUGCCAUGUCUCCUACGGUCUGUGCCUCUCUGAUUGUGGGAUCCUAUGGUGCAGGAUUUCUUAAUUCUCUGAUCCACACAAGCUGUAUCUUUAGUCUGAAAUUAUGUGGUACUCACGUGGUCACUCACUUCUUCUGUGAUGGACCACCCAUCCUGUCUCUGUCUUGUGUGGACACCUCACUGUGUGAAAUCUUGCUCUUCAUUUUUGCUGGUUUCAACCUUUUGAGCUGUACCCUCACCAUCUUGGUCUCCUACCUCUUAAUUCUCAUCACCAUCCUGAGAAUGAACUCAGCCCAGGGCAGGUUCAAGGCCUUUUCCACCUGUGCUUCUCACUUCACUGCUGUGUGCCUCUUCUAUGGCACAACACUUUUCAUGUACCUGCGCCCCAGAUCCAGCUACUCCCUGACCCAAGACCGCACAGUUGCUGUGGUCUACACAGUGGUGAUCCCACUGCUCAACCCCCUUAUCUACUCUUUGAGAAACAAGGAUGUGAAAGAAGCUUUAAGAAAGGUUUGGGAAAGAAAAAUAAUGGAAUGAUCUUCUCAAUUCAUCACCAUAUAUCUUGAGAAAGCUGAGGGAACUUUAUCCCAUGUUCAGCUCUGUUUAUAGGAGGCACUCUCUGGUUUUCAGGGGCUUCUGCAUCUACUGCCACAGAAAGAACUGAUUGUGUCAUAGAGACUAAAAAGAAGUAAGGAAUGUCUGCUAGUUGCAUA